UUUUAAUGCAUAAAAUAAAAAUAUAUUUUUUAAAAUUUUUUAAUUAUUAAUUUUUUAAUCAAUUAUUAAUUUUUUAAUAAAAUAAUGGGCAAAAUUAAAUCAUGAGUAAUUCGAAUCUAGCCAAUUCGAAUUACCAUGUGCAGCGUAUGUGAGUGUAAUUCGAAUCAACAUGAUUCGAAUUACUAUGGCUGUAAUUCGAAUCAGCUUGAUUCGAAUUAUGGUGUGUCUGUAUGUGUGAGUAAUUCGAAUCAUAUUGAUUCGAAUUACAUGAAAUUCUAGUUCGAAACAUAUUGAUUCGAACUAUAUAAUAAUGUGUGUUGGUGGAUUCAUGAAUCAAUUUUCUAUUUGGUUGAUUUGUGUAAAAUUUCCUUCUCCUUGGUUUAUUAUAGUGUUUUGCCCCUUAUUUUAUUAACAAAUCGCUUAACUAAACUAAGCACGUUUUAUAAAACUUUUCCCGGAUCUGUCUGACUCGGUUCAAUUCAAUGUUGGCGUUGCCACUUUGAGUCUUUGACAUUUAAACAAACCCAUUUCCGCGUCGCGCCGAACCGUCCAUCCUACGUGGAAUCCACCCAUUCAUUAUCCGCCACGUGUCCCCGCCCAACUUCCACCGCUACCCUAUAUUACCUCCCCCAAAAAUGCGCCCUCCAUUCUCCUCCUCCUGCUCCUGUUCCUGCUCCUCUCUCUCUCUUAUUCAAUUCCCAAUCCCCUCGCUCCCUCACGCGCCGACGCAAAGAUGCCGUAUUGCGAGGUCGGAGUCCACCAAUCCGCCCCCUCCGCGGCUGCAUCCUCCGCCGUCGUUCCCGUCGAUAGUCCCAUCAACAAUGAGAUAAAGCUAUUCUAUCAAACCUACGGUCGCGGCCCUACUAAAGUUCUCCUCAUCAUAGGAUUGGCUGCCACGCACGAGGCCUGGGGCCCACAGAUAGAUGCCUUCACCGGAACCACCAUCCCUAACGACGACGUUUCGAGCGGAGAUGACAAUGAAUGCGGUGAGGGUAUCGAGGUUUGCGCGUUUGAUAAUCGGGGCGUGGGUAGGAGCUCCGUGCCAGUCCAAAAAUCCGAAUACUCAACCACGAUCAUGGCGAAGGAUGCAAUUGCAUUGUUAGAUCAUCUAGGUUGGAAGAAAGCCCAUGUUUUUGGUCACUCAAUGGGAGCUAUGAUAGCUUGUAAAGUAGCAGCAUUGGUUCCUGAUAGAGUUCUCUCCUUGGCAUUGCUCAAUGCAACAGGGGGAGGUUUUCAAUGUUUUCCAAAGCUUGACCGACGAACAUUCUCUGUCGCUUUCCGUUUCUUGAAAGCAAAGACUCCUGAGCAACGGGCUGCUGUUGACUUGGACACCCAUUACUCACAGGAAUAUCUUGAUGAAUAUGUUGGAACCGAAAAGAGGAGAGCAAUAUUAUAUCAGCAAUAUGUCAAAUGUAUAUCAUCAUCUGGAAUGCAAUCUAGCAGUGGUUUUGAUGGCCAAAUGCAUGCAUGUUGGACACAUAGUGUGACUCAACCAGAUAUUGAUGCAAUGAAAUCUGGAGGUUUUCUUGUUUCAGUCAUUCAUGGAAGGCAUGACAUAAUUGCUCAGAUUGAUCAUGCAAAGAGACUUGCUGAGAGGCUUCACCCGAUAGCCAGAAUGGUUGAUCUUCAUGGAGGUCAUUUAGUGAGUCAUGAGCGGCCUGAAGAGGUUAAUCAAGCACUGUUUGACUUGAUCAAGGCAGCAGGAGAGAAUAAGAGCCCACAUGAUUGGACUAAUUUGUCGACGAACCAAUCUUCUCGUUAAGCUCCAAGCGGAGAUGGACCCACAUUGGUGGGUGUUGGGGCACAUUUUCCGACUCAAUACUAUAUUGCUAUAUUCACAUUUUCCCAUUUUUGUGCAUCAAUUGCUAAUUUGCCGAGUCGACCUAAGAAGCUUUUCCCCAUAACAAGGUUGAUCGAGUAAAUUCCAAUUCUAACUAACCAUAGCUAAUCCUUCUCUUCCCAGUCACAAACCCAUUUCACUGAAUUAAUUGUUUUCUACUUGGCUAGAUGACUUAAUUAGCACCUAACAGCCUGAGCCUCCACAUAUACACAGCAAAGAGCCAGUUUUCAGUGCAUGCCUUGUCCCAGAUUGAUUCACGGGUGAAUUCCUAUGACAUGAACUAACUGGCUGCCGUGCACAUGGAAGGAAUGACGAUAUUUGCACUGACAUUAUCACUGCCUGCCUUUGGAAGUUUACUAACAAUAACAAAACAAAUGUUUAAAUUAAAAAAAAUUAUUACUAACAAGGUUGACCAAGAGGUUUUCCCUCCCUAGGCCACUAAAACUUUUCUGGGCAUGUGAGUUUCAGUGAGUGAGCAUACUGUCUUAUAUCACAUUCAUCCUUAUUUGAAAAAUAAACUACUAGUCAAUAAGAGCGCAAUGUGCUCUAAAGGAUCUAUUUUUAGGCUACUCAGAUAUCUCAUCAAUCCAACUAUAGGCUUAUGUGGCUAAAGUUACAAUGAUUAUGGAAGAGUAACAUGUCAUUCUUAAUUUGCUUACAUGUUAACUUACUCGAAUUUAUUCUGAUACGUUAUAAUGGUUUUGUGCAGGGUUGAAAGAGAACAGAAUGUUAUUUCUCAGAACAAUUCAGGGUGGAAGCAGUGUCUCCUUUAAAUUUUCCCUAAUAGAAAAACUCUAUCUUUGCCUACUAUACUUGUUUGGUAUCCUCGUUUUAGCAUUCGAGAACGGAAGAAAGCUUCUAAGAAGCUUAAAACCAGUUCGAGUUGGAUGUUCCCCUUCAUAUAUUAAUGUUAAUAGUUCAUAACCUCUUCUUUUUUGGUAAUUAUUUAGU